AUGGUUCCCAACGAAAUCCCCUCCUGGGCGACGAAAGCCCCCUACGCACCACCAGCCAACGACUUUGACAUCAAACUCCAAGGAAGCUGUCACUGUGGUCAUGUGAAAUACAAUCUGAGCAGGGACAAGCCGCUGGCAUCCAAGUUCUGCCAUUGCAACGACUGCAAGAUCAUUCAUGGUGCUCCUUUCCAAUGGGCUACGGUUUUUCACAAGGAGGAUCUUUCGUUUCCCAACCUCGAUACCGAGUCUUUGAAAUUUUACAACUCGUCUUUCCACGAGGAAGGCGAAGGCAAGGUUCAGCUCCCCCACAAGGUCGCCUGCAAACACUGUGGAACCUGGCUAUUCGACGAGGGUAGGAACAUGAUCCUCCUGUUCCCGACCACAGUCCAGUUCAAGAGCACCGCGGCGAGAAGGAAGUUUGACGUGCAAAUGCACUUGUUCUAUGGCAACAGGGAGUGUGAUAUCCCAGACGGGACACCCAAGUGGAGUGGGCUGGACGAGAAGAGUGAUUUGAUGGACGAGAGACAGCGUUGA